UUCUCUUCAGUUCAUACCUGUCAACUUGUCACAAACGAAUUCUAUGUUCCAACUUAGCCGGAGACAACACUCUGUAAACCUGCAGACCUUUCCCACAGAAAGGCAUUCUAACCGGCCGCUUCCACAGAGAGGCAGGCUUAUCUCAGCCGCCCAGCAGAUAACUUCACCAAGGAAGAACAGUGCCACUCACAAGUUAACAAAGUUAUUGCUCAAUGUUACUAUAGAAAGAAGUUUGGGGCCAGUCCAGGUGGUCACUUCGCCAGAGAAUACAGUCAGUGAUUUGAUUAAGGCGGCCAUUGAUAUUUACUUACAGGAGAAGAGGAGGCCGCUGUUGAAGCACACCCAUCCUCAGUUUUUUGCUCUCUAUUACUCGCAGUUCUGUUUGGAGAGUUUAAAGCCAGAUGAGAAGUUGAGUAAUUUGGGGUCAAGAAAUUUUAUUAUGUAUUCAAAGCCUUAUUCCAAGUCUGUCAAGUUAAAUUGGUCGGAGCAAGCAAAAAUGGCAAUCAACUCUUCAUUUCCAUUGACAGAGUUGAUGGAUUUCCUGCUGUAGCUACAGUUUCUGAAUUUGUAUAUUCUACAUUAUUAACUAAACAUCAAUGUGACUGCUUUUAGUAAAA